AAAGGGCAAAAACAAAAAAGAGAGAAAUGAAAAACCUAUCUUUCUUUCUUGCUAUCUCUCCCCAGUUCGGCAAAGCGGUUUCGGCUCUUUUCCCUUUGACCUGGCAUGAGUUCCUGGUUUCACCGGCAUGAUGUGUUCUCAAUGAAUUUUUUUUCUGAAUCAUAGUUCAGAAGUUGGUUACUUAUCAUUAAAGGAGUCGAACUAACCUCACCCACCUUAACUAAUUACGUUGUAUUUGUGGUGCAUGAAUGGGGGGUUUGGUUGUUUUGUGAGCACGUGAGAGUUGGAUGAUGGUGAUCUCUGAUUUCACCCCAAGUUGACGGUUUUGGUACAGCAAAUGGGACCAGAUGGAGUCUUCAUAUCCCAUAUAAAAAUUGACCCAUUUGGACAACAUCUGGACAUGCUUUGUCCUAUGAGGUGAGAUUCUGCGGAAGAAGUGAUACAGAAGCUCAUGACCUUGAUGGCAUAUGUUAGAUCCCUUGAAACAAAAUAUGGCAAUUUUGGGGGUAUUCCGAGUUUGUUUGGUCUCUUUGCUUAUUCAUUUGUUUAUAUUUCAUGCGUUUUUCUUUUUUGGGUGCAACAGAGGUGAUGCUUGGUUCAUUUUCGUCAUUCAAAUCCACCGCGCCGUUAGAAGCUUGAAGGACUUUGCGAUUGUAUCGAUCCGGCACCAGUUCAUGGACUGGCUAUAGUCCGAAACAGCAACCACGAUCCGGGAUUAAGAAAACUUGCAUUAAAAAGCUGCGCAGGUGCAUUAUCAACGUGUCAGAUGUCUCCUACGGAUGCUGUGGAGCGUUUUCCUUCUCUAGAUGCUGCACUCCAAAGGCGUGACGAGUAUUUUGACGGUUGUGAGGAGAAUCAACAGACAUAUCCCACUUGAUACCGGACUGGUAUUAUUAUAGCAGCCCAAAUGUGUGUAGAAGAUCACUUAUGUGGUCUUUAGGUCACAUCGGGACAUCAAGAUUAGUUCCUAACCAUUCUUAUGCUUGUUUUGCAAGUAAAUUCUUUUGGGACGUGGAUAACCUCGAGAGAAUGCUGAUGGCCGGGGUGUGUUCUCUGCCUCCAUUGACAAUAGAGAGAUAGCUAUUCUGUUUAGGUUAACUUCAUGGUUCCUGAUCUAGUACUACAGCGAUUAUACGUUUUUCUCAAUGCUUGGGGUCUCAACCGGAAUUGUCGAAACCUGAAAGUUCUUGACCAAGCUUAACAAAGUUCUAAAAGAAACCAUCAGCAAUGAAUAUUCUCGUGUAAAAUCUUUCACAAACUUAUCCGAGAAAAAGGAAGUUCAGUAAUAAGUUCCCUCACUCUCAGACAUAUUUAUCUCCACGUUUGUUUACAUAUACAUUUGGAGAUUGGAGAGAGAACAACUUGGACUAUUAAAUCACUCUAGUUCAUAGUCUUAUUCACAUUGAGAUGCGGAAUCUUUUCACUUCCUUUCUAAUUUACAAUACAGAUACAGUAUUGCCUAGUAGUUCACUGAGCCCGCGUGGGUUGGUGGUAGAUAUUGAGUUAAGUUCAUCCCGUUCAAGAAGUGCUUGGGCGAAUUGAGAAUUCAGUAGACCAAGAGAGAAAUAUCAAAGAGUGCUAAUUUAGUCAGUUGUUUUUGUCUUUUGUGAUAGUCAGAUUGCAUUUUGAGUUAUUCAGCUCCAGGAUCCUGCUUUUGUGCUGUCACAGUUCUGCUUCUUCCGGUGCUGCAAUGAAUUGAAUUCUUUCUUACGUUGAUUUUCUCUGGUUGUUGAAGAAAGAUGAAUACCAGAGCAUGGACUCUAUGGCAGUUUAUGAGAGCACCUUCUGUCAGAGUGAGAAAGAGCACUCAGCCUAUGUUUACCUUUAUGAGCUUGUAUUGAUCAUGGCCAUUCAUUCUACUUACUGUAUCAUUAGUUUCUUCAGGGUAGAUGGUAGUAUGCCUCGUGGGAGAGGUGUAGCCUUCAGUAGAUAGAGAAGUUUCCCCGAAAUUUGAUAAGAUAGGGACUUUGAUAUGAAUUUCAGAUGCAUUCUGUAUUCUACUAGUUUUAAGAAAAGAAGAGAAGGAUCUUUUUGGCUUAAUCUUCACUGCUAUCCACAUUACGUUCAGGUCUACUAGAAAUUAGAAUCUCUCUCCUCCACCGUAUGGUUCCGGUUGAUGUGCCAUUGGGUCCUUUCUUCGAAUGAAGCUUCAAAUCUUUGCUGUGUUGCUUCUUAUCAACUAUUGUAUUGAUCUUUCUAGCUGCUCUUUUCUGCCAUAUAUAUAUAUGGCUUCUUUAUGCGUUUCUUUUGCCAUGUUUCUUUUUCUGUAUGUGUUUGUGUACUUCUUCUUCUUCUUCUUCGGGUGACAUUUGAACCGUCAGAAUUCAUUAUACUGUUGGGAAGGCAUAUUUAUGGUAAAUACCUAGAGUGUUCCCCAGGGCUAGUCACAAUCAAACUGCCUCUGAGCAAUGAAAGGGGGAAAGCAUUUGCUGCACAUGCACCUCAGAAGUUGAGGCAGAUAUUUCGACCACUGAUCCACCCCUACAACUUGAGGCGAUCAGCCACUGAGACUUCUGUGUUUCUGCUUGCUGCAACGCCCAAAGGUUAAAAGGCUAACUGGUGACAUGCAUGAGGAUUCGCAAGCUGCUUAAGUUUAUUUUCUUUAGUCAUGGUUCUUUCUUUCAUGCCUCUCUUGUGGCUGUGUAGGAUUGAGCGGGCAGCUUGGUUUAUGCAGAACGAUGAGUUACGUGAAUCUGCUAGGUGACUUUUGCUGUCCAUUGCUGAACAGUGUGUCAUGAUCGAAAUAGCAAAGGCACGAAGGGUAUGAUUUGCCUUCUGCCUCGAGAAGAGAGCAAUCCAGACAAUGUCUGCAAUCAGAGCAAUUGGUAGGGCGCUUUUUGCUGCAGUCAAGGCUGACACUUCAUCCGCAUCUUCUGCAGCUGCAGCUGCUGCUUCCACUGCUAGGACUAAACAUAACCCUCUUGAGGAUUUCUUCGAGGCUGACAGAAGUUCAGAUGACGACAAGCCUGUUGUAUAUGGUAGGGGCUGGAAAGCUUCUGAAUUGUGCCUUAAAUCAUGGGAUGAUCCUCAGAAGUUAUGGUUUGUUCUAUUAAAGGAGAAAAACAUGUUGAUGACCCAACGCCAGAUGCUUCAUGCUCAGAACCUACGUUUUGCAAAUCCAGAACAUAUCUCCAAGGUGUCUGUCUACCCUUUUGUAUAUCAAAGGCGGAUGCACCAUACAUCCGAUUUCUCUACCAUACAUGAUCACAAGGAACUUUUCGUGUAUCCUCCACAUGACAGAAAUAAUACUCUUAGUGAGGAUCAGAUCCCUUUGGAAAAAAUUAAGGAAUUAUAUAGUCCUCUCAUUCAUGAAUAUGAGUCCAGAUCGAAAGUUGCCAAAAAGAAAGAAGUGACUUGGAUGGAUUUUUCUAGACUGUUAAUCAACACAGAGGUUGAGAAACGCAUUUGGAUAGUUGAAGAAGUUCAUAGAAGGAACUUGCAUAUCGUGGACGGAUGUUUCAGUGAAGAUCCACCGAUUGCGUGUACUUGGCCUUUGCCCAAUGAAAGGUGCACUAUAGUUUCAGUUAUUGCUGGAUUUGACCCGAAGACGGGGACGAUAUUUUAUGGAAUCGUGAUACGGAAUGAACAUGGCGAAAUAUUGCUGAUACAAUGUCUGACUGAAGUCAUUGAAUCUUGGAAAAGAUUUAAUCCGCAUGAGGCUGAGGCUGAAGCUAUUCAUAGAGGCAUUAAGUUUGCAGAUAAGAAUAAGGAAAUGUUAGGAUAUGACAAGUUCAUAGUUGAAUCUGAUAGCAAAGAAGGCAUUCAUCGGGUUUCAAGAUGGGCAAGUGAAAAUUACCCAAAUUUUAAAUUGAGACACACAUAUCGCGAAUUAAUGGGGUUAACCCAACUCCUCAUCAAACUUGUGAAGGUCUCACCAGAUGUCCAGAAUCCCGAUUACGAGUCGAUUGAGAAGGAUUUAAAACCCAUUGCAGAAGGAUUCAAGGCUGGCAUGUUGCGCCUUAUAUUUCCAAAGUCCAGGAAGAGCAAGAAGGGAAGGAACCAGAAGAACAAGCGUGAGAAUUGAAUGAUGUUCAAGUUAAAGUAGUAGAGUGAGGUAUGCGCAAUUUUCUCUACCUUUUUUUUCCCUAAUUAUUUCAUUUCAAAGGUUUUUUUUUUCUAAAUUUUUUUGAAAAAGAUAGAAAACAAAGAACUGCUUCCGUGUGUUCAAUUUCUUUGAUAUCUACCCCUGUUGUGGUAUCAACUCUUUAGUGUGUUCAAACUCUUAGGUCUUUAGAUUUUUUUCUUGAUUUUUGUCGCUGAAACACAUAAGCAUGCGUGCAUUAUUAAACAUUUGAUGAGUUUGUAUAUUGUCGAUAGAUAGUAUCGGAUGAAGAAAUGCAGUAUUAAUGUUCAUCUUUUGUAGAAUCCCUUUUAUGUACUGGUAGUUUUGUUGCUUAGUAACGAUUUGGUUCAAUUGGGUCAAUUCCAGAUGGAGAUAUUUGGCUAUUUGCUGCCUUGUUUA